AUGGACUGGGACGCACAUUGCUGCCACCUCUGCUGCCUGUGGCCAGUUCACGGGUGCCCGCUCGACAGUGCCGUAGAUUCCAGAGCCUUCAUCACCAGCUGCGGGAAGGGGGACUUGGGCCUAUUGCAGUACCUGUUGCAGCAGUGAGAUGUGGAUGUGAAUGUAUGUGACAAGUGGAACACCAUCCCCUUCCCCAUGGCCCCGCUGCCCCCAGGAGCCCACUGCAAGGCCAACACCUUCCAGGAUGAAUGCUGCUUCUAUGGGGCUGUAAGUGAUCCAUCCACCAGGGCCCUGCAAAAUUAGAAGCAAGUGACAGCCUCCUGUAGGAAGUGGGACUACUGUGACUACUUCCUACAGUAGUGGAUAGACACAGGGCAUGCGGAUGAGGUGUUCUUCAUGGUACACAAGAAGCCCUUCUGAGCCCAUCACUGUAUCAUGGGUGCAUUCGGUGCCUACUUCACCAACAUACUGGACACCAAAUGGAAGGGCAAGAGCAUCAUGGUCCUCAGGAACCCACUGAUCAACCCCGUGGCCUUUGGGGCCCUGCUGCAGUACCUAUACACAGGCCACCUGGAGGUCAGCGUGGAACACAGUGACUGUGAGUGCUUGGCCAAGCAUUGCCAGCUAUUGGACAAUGACCUGGAGGCCAAGUGCAAGGUAGUGUCUGACCCUGGGCCAGCUCCUCUGGGCACAGCCCUGGCCCUGGCCUCCCCUAAGCCUAGCCUUCCCCAAGCCUUCUCUUCUGGCCACAGUGACUACUUCCAGGCCCUGUUGGAUGACUACUUUGGAGAGAAUGAGGGACUGGAGACCAUUGGUUACCUUCCAGCCAUCACCCUAAUCUGGCCCUGCAUCUUCACCCAUGCGUUCUAUCUACUACACAUACAGCAGCCACCCCAAGAAAAUGGGGGUGCUGAUAGUUGUUACCUCUUAAGGUCUUGUGUGGUUGAAUGUGCACAUUGCAAGUACAGUGCCUGGCACAAGUGCACCCUUCCUCACCCUCAUUUCACUACAAUUGCCCCCCCCCCCAUUGCAAAUGUGGCUUAUGAUAUGCUGAAGAUGGCUAACAUAUACCUAUUGCUGGGUCUGAAACAACUGUGUGACUGCAGUCUGGCCCAGCUGCUGGAUGAGGAUACCAUGGUCGGCAUGUGCGGUGUGUGGCCUGUGGCCAAGCUAUUUUGCCUGGUAGGCUUUGAGGAUCAGUGCAAUGAGUACAUGGCUAAGGUUAUCAAGAAGCUGGUAGAGUGGAAAGAGUUCUCAGAGGCUGUGAGGGAAGAUGUGGUGGCUCUGGUGGGGCAAAAGCUGGGGUCUAUCCUGCUGAUAGAUGAUAUCCGCUUCUACAUGGCCAGCAUGGUAUAGAUCUACAGCAACAUUGAGGUGAUGCAGCAGCAGCUACAUGCCCUUGAGGGCCUGCUAGUGUCUAUUGGCCUCAACUGCUGA